CCGGAAACGAGUCUGCACCUGCACCGACAGCAGAACCGAAAUCAAAGGAAUCCCGUUCGAGCCUCGUCACGGUUCUGUCGGCUCUCCCACUCCCACCCCGCUCGUCGCGGUUUGCUCUGCGGGUCGAUUUCCUCUUCACGCCGCCGUUUCGGAGGGCUGAUCGCUGGAGUGUGGGGGGAUUUUACAGAGAGGGAGAAGUGGGAGGAAGGGCAGGUCCCUCAUCACCAUCACAUUCACUCCCUUCAUCAUCUCCAAACAUAUCAUCAUCAUCAACGCGUCGAGGCGUGUCUGCGCUCACUAGAAACACACCGCAACAUUAAACCAGCAGCAGCAGCAGCAGCUGCACCGAACAAAAUGAAUCGCGUUGACCGCACGCCGAGCCCGGACGCCGUUUGAUGUUGCACGUUUUAUUAUUUAUUUAUUUUUUUGAUCUGGAAUUUUCUUGACUUUGUUGGGAGAGCGAUCGAGCACUGCGGCCUUGCAUCCAACUGAAUGAAUGAUGCGGACUUUACCAGCACCCUGAUUUAACGUUAGCUCCCCAUUUCCCACGGAUGACCGUUUCACCCCACCAAACAGCAUCUCUUUUCUCCGUUCUGUGUUUUUAUGGGAGUGACGGAUAGCUAGUAGCCGGGAUAAAAUGUUGAAGUGGAGGCGGUUGAUGCGGUUGUCCAACCGCUCCUUAAUGGCCUUCAUCUUUUUCUUCUCCAUGUCCACGACCUGCCUCUACUUCAUUUAUGCGGCUCCUGGAAUAGUCAACACCUAUUUCUUCAUGGUACAGGCUCAGGGUAUCAUGUUACGAGACAAUGUGCGGACCAUUGGUCACAUGAUCAGGCUAUACACCAAUAAAAACAGUACACUCAACGGCACAGAUUAUCCUGAUGGAAAUAAUUCUAGCGAGUAUAUCGCUCAGCCAACCACAUACCUCCCUGAGAACUUCACAUAUGCUCAGAACCUGCCCUGUCCUGAACGAUUACCUUCUAUGAAGGGUCAGAUGGAAGUCAAUAUGACGGAGGUUCCUGUGGAGGAGAUUGAAGUGAGGCUCAAACUUCUGGACGUUCAAUUUGGAGGCCACUGGAAGCCCAAAGAUUGCAAACCACGCUGGAAGGUGGCCAUAUUAAUCCCUUUUAGGAAUCGACAUGAGCAUCUUCCCAUCCUCUUUCAGCAUCUCGCCCCUAUGCUCCAACGCCAACGCUUGCAGUUUGCCUUUUAUGUCAUUGAACAGGCGGGUACUCAGCCGUUUAACCGUGCCAUGCUGUUUAACGUGGGCUUUAAAGAGGCUAUGAAAGACCUGGACUGGGACUGUGUGGUGUUCCACGACGUCGAUCACAUCCCAGAAAACGACCGUAAUUACUACGGCUGUGGUCAGAUGCCUCGUCACUUUGCCGCCAAGCUUGACAAGUACAUGUACAUUCUGCCCUACAAUGAGUUUUUCGGUGGAGUAAGUGGACUUACUGUCGAACAAUUCCUCAAGAUCAAUGGCUUUCCCAAUGCAUUCUGGGGCUGGGGCGGAGAGGACGAUGACCUCUGGAACAGGGUUCAUUAUGCAGGUUUCAACGUGACCAGGCCAGAAGGUGAUAUUGGCAAAUACAAAUCUAUUCCCCAUCACCACCGAGGAGAAGUGCAGUUUCUGGGGAGGUACAAGUUGCUGAGGUACUCGAAAGAGCGACAGCAUCUGGACGGCUUGAACAAUCUGCAGUACUCUCCAGAGAUCUCCCUGAGCAGCCUGUAUAAGAACAUCACGGUCAAUCUGAAUCCCGAGCUCGCCCCCAUAACCGAGUACUGACAGGCUUCGCCCCCUCGGCGUGACCCAGAGUCAGAAAAUGUGAUGUAUCGAUGCCAAAUGCCCUUAAAAACAGGAGUGAGGAGGGCAAAGGCCUGUCUAAUGCACAGUUAGUUGUGUGACGUGAGUGUGUGUGUGUGUGUGCGCGUAUGUAAGAUUACUGGAUCAUAUCUGUGAAAAGUGUAUUAGCGUGACUGCGUGCGUUUAAUUGCAUGUUCCUAUGUCCAUGCUGGCUUUAGCGAAUCAGAUUACAACACAUUUUUUUUUUUUUUUAAAAAAGGUGGGGAGUGCCAGCGUCAACAAAUCAGAUGUUUACUGCGAAGCCUUAAUUGAAUUUUAUAGGCUAUCAAACUUUAGAUCUAGUCAUCUGUGCUUACAUUGUAGAAAGCUUGGUUUUACAUUACAACAGCACUCUUGACGCCAAUAGACAUUUUGUCAUGUUCUGUUAGUAUAAUUUUUUAUACAUAUCGUUUUUUAAGAGACAAAUUGUUUAGAAGACGUCAAUGCAGUUUAAAUGGAUGUAUUUUAAAUCGGUCCUUCACUUCAACUUUUUCCUUGUAUAACGAUAUACAUUUCACCAUGGUGGUGUGUUAAGUUUAUUUUCCCCUCAGUUCCAUGGCUAAACAGAAGGCUGUGAUGAGUUGCGUGCAUGACCCUGACUCCCCUGUAAAUAACUGGCCUUUUAAACAAUGCUUUAGCUCUGUCCCGCCCCAAAAGACGCCUGUGAUUCCAGUGGAAACACUCUUCUUUUUGGCAGCUAAUUGUUGACUUCUGUUCAUUAUGUUUUUUAUUCUUCAAUGGUGUGGGACACGACUGACAGUGAAUAUCAGCAAUGACUGCAGAAUGCAAAAAAAAAAAAAAGAAAGAAAGAAUCAAAAACAGAAUACCGAUAUCAUUACCUGCUGCAUGCCUUAAUUUAUUUUUUGUUAAAUGAUUAUUUUGUCUUAAAGAAUUUUUUUUUUUUUUUGUCAUAUUGAAUUUUUUUUUGUCUUUAAUUUUGUUAAUAGCAUAAUCAUUCUCAUUUUUCACUUUUGAAGUGCACUCCAAGGUGGUAAACGAUAUGACUGAAAUGAUAGCAAGAUGUUUAGGAGACGGGUCGUUCGCAGGAUGACUUGUAGGUCAGUCAGGUUCGCAGCUGCUAAAGCCAAAACGCCCUUCGCCGGGUUUGGCGUGUGUCUCAACCUGUGUGUUUUUGUCUUGUUUGUGUGUGUGUAGCUCUCAGUGUGAAUUACUGGGUGAUGUUGCGCUCCGGGAGGGCCAAGAUGAGAGGGCGACUUCUCAGUUGCUCUUGAAUGGCAUUCGGAGUACCCUUGGGCCAUGACGACUUUAUGCUGUUAAAGUUUUGAGCAGUACAAGCUGUUGGUAUAUGUUUGCCUUUUUGUAUAUAAUUUCUUUUUUUUUUUUGAGUUGUCGAUGUACCAUACAUUGCUUAAUUUGUUUUGUGUAUAUUUUAAGUUAUCAUAAAAAUGUUCUAAAACUGCUAUGUCAUGUCUUCUCUUGCUAUCUGUGUGCUUGUGUAUCUGUCCACUCAGAAUUAGACAUCGAUGGUGAUUAUUUUGUCAGCAGCAUGGUCUGCGAUAUUAACUGGACUUAAUGAAACUUGAAGUUGAGACACUCACAGUUCACAAAAACGCUUUAUUGCACCUGCUUUCAAGGUUCUUUCCAUCUGCAUGUCUCUAAAGUGUAGCUGAGCCAUGGCAUCUCUGAGGUCCUCAGCUUACUUUGUCUUUUUCUCAGUGGAUGAUUUCCUGAAACCCUGGUAUGGUGUUCCCGAAGUGAUCUCCAGUGCCCAGUCUGUUGUUUACAGUCUCUUUCAAAACCAUCAGACUAGCAGUCAGGUCUAAUCAGACCCGUUUACAGAUCUGUGGUUACAAAAAAAAAAAAAAACACAAACAUUUGACCAACUCGGAUGAGGAUUUGAAAAAUUCUGUAAUUUCAGAUAUAAACUGAAUAUAAUAUGCUUCAAUGGAGGUUACUGGUGCCAAAGUCGGCUUUUCCUCAUUAAACACCCCAUUUUUUUACUCUCUUUCAGCAUUGUGUGGUAAAUCUCAAUCUAAACAUUUCAAGCCAGUCGCUUUGAAGGUCUGCGAGUGUUUUUUGGGAUACAUGAAGUGAGUUUGUGUACAAGUAUGUCAUGCAGUCUGGUGUAAGAGGCUGUAGGCAAGAGAAUGAAGUGGAACAUGACUGAAAAAAAAACAUCACCUCGCUUUUCCACCGCACAGGGCCAACGAAUUUACAUAAGCAAAGUUUAGGCAAAGUUGGCGUCAAAUAUGGGAUGCCAAGCUAUUGUUUUACGCCCUGUGUUAGUGUUGAGGCAGCUGAUGAGAUUAAAACCGGUAGGUGUUGUUUAAUGUAGAAAUAGAGGCAUUUUAGACCGGUUAUAGGUUUUUGAAGAGAGAAAGUGUGGCUAACAAGUACUAGUUUCCAAAAUGCUCAAAUAAAGAAGUAUUAUUCCAUCCUCACAGUUUUGCAGGCAGUAGGCCACACUUUAGUGUGCUAACAGAGUGAAGGUAGGCCUGUUACGGAUCGUGUUAAUCAUUAGCUUUUGUGCUGCUGCAAAAUGCUUUUAUUUGGUUACACAGAUAAGUACAGAGAUUUACACAACGUUCUUAAAGUGAGGUGGGUUGCAAUAUGAAUAUUGAAUGUUAAGUUGAUUUGAAUAUUGUUAUUUUUUUUAUUUCACUUUUUGGUGGUGGUGGUGUCAUGCCCCAUUCCCUUGAUAUAAAGUGUUUUAUGGGAAACGGACUGCCCUGGUGUGUUUGGUUCUGGUAAUAAAUCAGUUGUAGCUUUUAAGGAAGAUUUGUUUAGUGCGGUCAUUUGUCUGCAUAUCAUUUUUCACCCCAAACCGACCCCUCUCAUUGCGGCCCCAUCCUGUUCAGCUGUCUUUUCGAAAAUAUCCAGAAGAAACAAUAGAGAACAUUUUAAAAGAUAAUUUAUUCACCAUUACAGAUCUGUAAUGUGAAGAGUGUUACAUUUUUUGCAGUAUUCAUAUUUGUGCCUUGAUUUAUUUUUCUUCAAUUUCGCAUUGUUUGUUGGGAUGUGCAGUGGGGUGCGUGUGGGUGGUGUUUAAAGGUAGAAUUGGAGGCACAUUUCGAUUUUUCUUUUACUCAGUUUUUUGUUUCAUUCUGGAGCUGUGUCUAUAAAUCUAAAAAUGUCUGCUGGUCGUUCUGUGGGAACUGAAAACAUGAGGAAUUUCUCCCAUGUUUGUAUCUUCAAGGUUGAGGGUCCACUUUAACUGUAACACCAGUACGAGAAGCUUAAAGACUUGAGAUGCCGGCUGCUUCAACUGACAUGUACGAUCUUGGUUCCAGACUUCUUUUUUUGCUGUUUUGUUUUUGUUGUACCGGUCUGUUCACUGCGUUUCACUCUGUAAUGAUCAUUAAAAGACUUUAUAGUUGAAAA